GUGAGCACAGAAAAUCAUUUAGAACUGUAGAUCUCACAGUUAUAAUUCUUUAAUGUAAAAUCACACUUAAUACAGCUCAAACAGUUUAGUUUCAGCAGUUUACAGCCAGCUAGCCUGGUUAAGGCACCAUACUAGAAACCAGGAGAUUGUGAGUUCUAGCAUUACCUUAGACAUGAAAGCCUGCUAGGUGAUUUUGGGCCAGUCACUAUCAGCCCGACUCACUUCAUAGGAUUGUUGUGGGGAAAAUAAUGAGGAGGAAGGAUUAUUAGGUAAGUUCUGCAUCUUGAGUUAUUUAAAAGAUAAUAAAGAUGGAAUAAAAAUUAAAUUAGUAGACAUCUGAAAUAUUUUGUCACUAUUACUGGUAGAAAUAGGAGACAGGAAUCUGCUGAUAUACAACGAAUUGUAGUAAAUCAGAUUCAGAUGUAUCUUCUGGCAAUGCCUAAAACAAAUGAUUACAGGCCCUAAACCUAAAUCACUUUUCAGUUGUCCAUCCUUUUAUAUUGCUUUUCUGUGUUAAAUCUUCCAAGGUGCUGGAAUAUUUAUGGUUCCUACUGUCCUCAAUCAACACAUAUACUGCCAUUCCCUCUUUCCCUAAUACAUUUAAGGAAACACAUUUACUGAUAGAAGGAAAAAGAAGAGGAAGGAGGAAAAGUUGGUACAAAUGGAAGAAACUAUUGUUUAACACUUCCCCUGCCCCAAUAUUCACAAAUGAUAAAGGUAAUUGCACAGUAUAUAUAUCAUACGGAAGAAUCCCAGAUAUAUGAACUAGCAUAACCAAACUACUCUCAUAGCAUAACUGAUUAGCUUUAAAAAAUAAUAAUGGAAGAAUGGUUGAGACAACUUUCUUCAUGGAACCUUAUCUUCUUUCACCAAAUCCUCAGUUAUUUUUUUUGCCAUGAAAAAUCCUUUAAGAAGGGAACAUUAAAAUGAUUUUAUUUUAUUGAUAGCACUAAGAUCUCUCAAAGAGGUUUGAGAGUUCAUCUAUCCUUUGGUGCCAAAGUGCACAGUCUACCUAUAGUCACAUUUUAGUUUAACACAUUGCAUGAACAUCCUGUGUAGCUAUUUGUGGUCAGUGUAUCAACCCAAAGAAAGGCACAGUUAAGAAAGGCACAGUUCCAUUAAUCAUUGGUAACCAUGUUGUGCAAAUACAACUAAACAUGCAUUUGAGGUGCUUUACAUUCUCCUUCCACUCCAGAUUUUCUCUCUUAUUAUUUAUCUUCUAUUCCAAAUGUGUCUGCACCUGCUUUAGGUACAUUUCUCAUAAGAUCAGCUCAUGGAUAGCUUCAUAUUUUCCUGGCAAUAAUAUGGAGGUAGUUUGCCCUGCUUCAAGAUUUUUCUUUUUAAACUUCCACUCUUUCCAAGUACUGGCCAGUUCCAAUUUAAAAGCUCUCUUCUAGGCUAAUUGCAAAUUUAUUUCACAGCCUACUUUCAAACGCUACAGAGAAGAAAAGAAGCUGCGUCCUAAUAAGGUGGAGAAAGAUCAGGGAAAAGACAAGAGCAUAUGGAAAGGAAAGAGUACAAGCAGAAGAAUAUUUUUUUUUAAAAAAAGAAACUUUUAAAGAUAUAAUAUAGUUCUGCACGUUCAUCUAUUGACUUCGUUUGGAGCCCCAGAUCUGAACCUUCUGUUCCGUCCCUAAUGCCAUCUUCGAAAGGUAUAUAUCAGAAAUUGAUCUCGCUGAAGAUGCUACAACCCGGAGAGGAGGAGACUGAGCAAUUCAGGUUUAGACUGAAAGUGCGCUGCCGCUGCUGUUUGUGGCCACAGGUGUUCCUGCCUAGGGAUAACUGCGAAGGCCGCCGAUGCUGCCUUUUUUAUCGGGUAGCGGUUCAGCAGGAGACUGAAACACGUGAUUGGCUAGUAUAUAAAGAAAAAUAGUUGCUAGGUAACCGCAUCAACUUCGAGAACAGCGAGAAGCAAAAGGAGGCGCUGCGUAGUAGGGACUAGGCACGAAAGCUGCCUAGUAGAAGUCAUUUCCCAAUAUGCUAUGGUAAUAUUGGGGAAUCGCUUUAGGUGGUGGUAUGUAUACGGCUUCGUAUCUCAUCGCAUAAGCAAUCGGGAAUUCUAAGAGCCGAAAGCGGAGCAAUUCUUCCUCCCCGAUCGCGCCUGUUCAGUGAAAUUCCGCCCCCUGCGAAGGCUUAGGUUGGGAUUUAUUUGAGAUGAAGACUCAGUUUUUAGUGCUGUGGUUGAUGCACUUCUGGAUCAUCGUUUGUAACACAGAAGAUAAUUCUGAUGAUCAGAGAGAAGAUGACAUUUCAGAAGAGGAGAUCCUGAACAUAAUCGAAAGAGCAACAAUGCAAGUUUUUUUUCCAACCCAAGAGGAGGUUGGAAAAAAGAAGAGUAUUUCCCAGAGCCAGAAAAUACUGAAGCAUUUGAAAAAUGACAAAGACAAGGAAGAAAACCACCAACGUCAUCUUGAGGCAGCAGAAAAACAAAGCCAAAAAGUUAUGGAACGACUGGCAGCGGAUAUGCUCUUUGGAUAUAAUGGUCCCCAGAAUGUAAAAGCAGCUGUAUCACUGUAUAAGCUUUUAGCCGAAGAAGGGUCCCAUAGAAGCCAGACUGCAUUAGGAUUCUUAUCAUCAUAUGGAAUAGGAGUGGAAUAUAAUCAGGCAAAGGCACUCGUAUAUUACACAUUUGCUAGUAUUGGAGGAAAUCUUAUAUCUCAGAUGAUCAUGGGUUAUCGCUACUGGUUAGGAAUCAAUGUUCCAAAGAAUUGUGAAGCAGCGUUAACUAAUUAUAAGAAAGUUGCAAAGUUCGUAGCUAACAAAUUAGAAAAAAAUGAAGACUUACCAGUUGAAAGAGUGAGACUGAUGGAAAGGCCAGAAUAUCUGAGUAUUAAUGAAGAAUUCUUGGACUGGGAUUUAUAUCAGUUCCUUAAGUUUUUGGCUGAAAGAGGAAACACACGAAUACAGAUAUAUCUUGGACAGCUGCAUCUUAUGGGAAGAAAAGGACUAGAAAAAGAUCAUGCGAAAGCUUUCUACUACUUCCUAAAAGCAGCAAACGCAGGCAAUGCAUAUGGGAUGGCAUUCAUUGGAAAGAUGUAUUUAAAAGGAAGUACUGUUGUGACUCAGAGUAAUAUUACGGCUUUGAAGUUCUUCACCAUGGCAGCAGAUAAGGGUAAUUCUGUUGGACUCUGGGGGCUUGGUAUCCUUUAUUUAAAAGGUAGAGGCGUCCCACUGAAUUACACUGAAGCUUUUCAGUAUUUUCAAAAAGCAGCAGAGAAAGGAUAUGACAAUGCCCAAUUUCAGCUAGGAGUCAUGUAUUAUGAUGGUUUAGGAGUGAGGAAAGAUUUUAAACUUGCCUUCAAAUAUUUUUACUUGGCAUUUGACAAUGGCCAUCUUCUUGCAAUGUACUAUUUGGCUCAGAUGUAUGCUGAAGGAACGGGAGUGUUUAAAUCCUGUCAGAAUGCCGUUGAACUUUAUAAAACUGUAUGUGAGCUAGGAGGAUGGUCAGAAAUGUUCCGGACAGCAUACUUUGCUUACCAGACUGGUAAUAUAGAUUCAUCUCUUGUCCAAUAUGCCUAUCUAGCUGAAAUGGGCUAUGAAGAAGCUCAGAUUAAUUCAGUUUACAUCAUGGAAUCUGAAAAAGUUAAACUUCUACAUAGAAAUCAAGUGUAUCCAUUGGCUCUUCUCUUAUUGAAGCAAGCUGCAAGUCAAGGCAAUGCAUUUGCCAGAGUUAAAAUUGGAGAUUAUUACUUCUAUGGCUUUGGAACAACAAAAGAUUAUGUUUCAGCAGUAACUUAUUAUGCUCUUGCUGCAAAUCAACUCAGCGCUGAAGCCAUGUUCAAUCUGGCAUACAUGCAUGAGCAUGGUUUAGGGGUUCCUCAGGAUAUACAUUUAGCUAGAAGAUGGUAUGACUUGGCAGCUGAAACCACCCCAGAUGCUGUCAUGCCAGUGUUCCUAGCGUAUGUAAAACUCGAGACUAUGCAUGUGCUUACAUAUCUGCCACUUCUCAAUCUUACUGCAGUCUGGAAACUGACAACAUUUGAUGAUUUGCUAACAGUACAUUGGGAUCUGCUUAUGAUUAUAUUCCUGUUAGUGAUAUUGUUAAGAGCCAAUCAGCAAAACUGAAUAGUAUUAGUUCAUAUUUUUUAUUAUCUAAACCAGGAGUCUGCAACCUUAAAACACCCAAAGAGCCAUCUGGACUCGUUUCCCACAGAAAAAAAAACACGGGAGCCACAAAAACCUUCCUGUGCCUGACUAUUUCUUGAACAGCCACAAAAUUAGCAUAUGUACUUGAAUUAAAUGUUCUGUUUUCUUCUGAAACUUUUCUUUUCUUGGAUUUAUCCAUGGUUGGCUUACCGGGGGUUGAAAAGCUCAAUAAAUUGCGUGCCGGUGGGUGUUGCAUAGUGGUGAUUGUGACAUAUAUUUUGAGUGACAAGGAGCUGCAGCAGAGGGGUGAAAGAGCCACAUGCGGCUCCAGAGCCGCAGGUUGCUCACCCCUGAUCUAAACUGAUUUUAAAUUCUAAUUUUCUAAAGCCUUUGUUUAAUUAAAACAUAAUAAAAGACUUUUAACUGUGUCAGUCUCCUCUUUCUAUCCUACUGUACAAACUGAAGUAUAUUCAGAACUUUUGUUCAAAAGCCACAUGAUUCAAACAGAAGGUGAUGCUUUUCCUUCCUUAACUAUUUGGCACAAAUACAUCUUCAUAAAAUUUUACCAACUUUACCUGCAAUAUUGUCUUAUAUAUGUCAAACUAAAGAAGUCUUCCAACUUCUUUGGCAGAAAUAUUUUUCAAACUCUGAAAUUAAAUGACUUCUCUUUUGAAAGUACCUCUUUAAGUUUAUUUUAGUCUAUAAUGUUAAAAGUACUCUGGUCCUGAAAUUCAACAGUAAGAUUUAACCCACUAAGUAGAACAGAAAAUAUUAUUCCUGAAUUCCUGGAGCAUUGCUGUUAGUCCAAAACUGGGUCAAAUAGAUCAGAUGAUCUGAACUGUUGACUGGAUUCACCAUCACACUGAGUCAGCACUAAACAGAUCUCAUUAUGCCUUAGCUAUAUACCACAUGAUCCCAGUCACUAGAUACAUAUACUAGCUUUCUAGAUUGGCUUUCAUGGGCUGUGUUUCACACAUCUUAAGUUAAAAUGAGGUGGUCUAGUUGGCAGUUCGGUGUAUUGUGCAAUUGGCACUUAGCAGUUGGAUUAAUUAAACAGAAUGAAAUAAAAUCUAGGUGAACAAUUUGUCUAGUAGCUGAAAAAAAACAUAUUUGAAAUUGUGUGGAGACAGUUCUGCAGUGUCAGGAAAAAAGUCUGCCAAUUCUGCAAGUCUGCAAAAAUGAACAGCUUAAGCCUCAGAAGUACCAAGAGAGAUAGGCUAGGCUAUGUUCUUUCCUCUUUUUGUAACAAGCAGCCUGAAGUUUUUGUAUCAAUGAUUGAAAUCUUUAGGUAAGACCAAAAACUAUUCAAGUUUUAUCUGCUAUUGAUAAUCUACUACAUGGUGGAAAACAAAGGUCAACUCAACAUGAAAAACACUCCAGUCAAAAGGCAGAUCUGAGAAGAUCCUAAACCUAAAUGGAAUGGAAUGGAUGCUCCCAUUUUGUCCUGUUUCAGAUUCUAAUAUCUGUUAUGGAUUCUACAUUUAUCCAAAUAAAUGAAACCAUAUACACAAAUGUUUAUGGCCCUAUUUACCUGUCUUGGUAGAUGAUAUGAUAUAUAGAUCAAAUCGAGGGUGAAAUCCAGCAAGUUCUGGAGAACCAAUAGCAGAAAUUUUGAGCAGAGAACCAGCAAAUACCACCUCUGGCUUACCCCAGAGUGGGGUUGGAAUGGAGAUUUAGCAAUAUCCUUUCCCUGGAGUGAGAUGGGUCCUUGAGUGGCGCAGGCUGCUAAACAGCCUGUUAUUAACAACAGCUGCCUGCAAUUAUUGCAGGUUCAAGUCCCACCAGGCCCAAGGUUGACUCAGCCUUCCAUCCUUUAUAAGGUAGGUAAAAUGAGGACCCAGAUUGUUGGGGGCAACAAGUUGACUUUGUAUAUAAUAUACAAAUAGGAUGAAGACUAUUGCUUAACAUAGUGUAAGCCGCCCUGAGUCUUCGGAGAAGGGCGGGGUAUAAAUGUAAAUAAAUAAAAAAAAAAGAUGGGAAUGGAGAUUUUGCAGUAUCCUUCCCGUGGUGUGGGGUGGGAAUGGAGAUUUUGUAGUAUCCUUCCCCUGCCACGCCCACCAAGCCACACCACACCCACCAAGCCACACCCACAGAACCGGUAAUAAAAAAAUUUGUAUUUCACCAUUGGAUCAAAUGUCUGGAUGAUUCUUUUACAAGAUAUGCCAUUUGAAAGCUCACUACAUUUUCUCUCUACCCCAUAUAUACAGAACAAAAUUAAUGCCUAUCUUGUGCUUUUUAGUUUCCCAGGACCGAGUUGACUUUUUUCUCCCCCAGUGAUUCAUUGCUCCUUUCCUUUCAUUCCUUCCCUUUCCCAAGGCCAGUUCUGCACUGUUUCACACUAAUGGAAUGAUUUUGCUUUCAUUACAUGCUUAAUCCAGUCAAUCCCUAACUCAGAUCUUAUGAUGAGUGGUUCUUUUUAGCGCAUCGUUACAAGCUCAGUACUCAUUACAAUAUUCAAGGAAUAAGUAGCAGUGGCUGGCGGAAAAUAAGGGAAAAACAAGAAGGAAACUUGCAAGCUCCAAGAUACACAAGAACUCCCAUUCACCCUGGGGGUCUGUCUUGUUGACAUUCUUGCUUUUAGCAGCUCCCUUCGUACUCCCAUCUUUGCAUCACUCUGACAUUCAACCUGAUAUACUAAAAUGGUUCAUGAAGAGAUAAACAUGCUUAUGCUCUUAACAAGGAAAACAAAACUUUGAUAGGGGAGCUAAGCAUUCCCACUGCAAUGCAGUUCUUGCAGCCAGAAACACUGAAGUCCAUUCCCCCUAAAUGCCCUGUCAUCUACAUCUGGCUGACAUGCAGAAGGCCCAAAGAGCUUUGUUUAUUUAAUGCAGUGGUAGUCAACUUGGUCCCUACAGCCCACCAGUGGGCGUUCCAACUUUCAUGGUGGGCGGAAGGGGUUUUGUCCGAUACUGAAGCACUUUCCUUUUUUUAAAUUUAAUUGACUUUUUUAAAAAAAAUCAUAGCAUUAUUUAAAAACAUUUUCAUUAGGUUUUCAUAAAAUUCCCCUUGACAAUUUAAAUUUCUGAAAAUAUACUAUUUGUAUCACCCGCACAUAAGUUUAAUUCACGUUAUGUAAGUGAAACUAAGUGGUGCUAGAGUGCGACCGCA